GUGACGUCACAGCCGUGAAAUGAAGGCGCAGAGAGGGCGGCCAUGACUCUGGUCUCCACAAUUAUUUAAUCCCAAAUAAAUUACCCACGGAAAACUUCCAUGGCAAGAGCCACGAGUCAGAUCUAUGAUGUUGCAUCCCUCCACUCCUCUGUUCUCAUCUCCUGUCCAUCCAUGGUAAGAGGCCAGCAGGACACGCCCCGUCUCCACGGCAACAGCAUGGAGGGACAGGUCCAACCCCCCCAGCCGACUCAGCCUCGCAAGAAGCGACCUGAAGAUUUCCGAUUCGGCAAAAUAUUGGGAGAAGGCUCCUUCUCUACCGUUGUCUUGGCAAAAGAAACUUCAACGGCGAAGGAAUAUGCAAUUAAGAUCCUGGAGAAGCGCCACAUAAUGAAGGAGAAUAAAGCUCAAUAUGUCAAGAGAGAGAGAGACAUCAUGUCGCACCUGGAUCAUCCGUUCUUUGUUAAGCUUUAUUUCACCUUUCAGGACGAGGAGAAGCUGUAUUUUGGUCUGAGCUAUGCUAAAAAUGGCGAACUGCUGAAAUACAUUCGAAAAAUCGGCUCAUUUGAUGAGACCUGCACGCGGUUCUACUCGGCAGAGAUAGUUUGUGCUCUGGAGUAUCUGCAUCAGAAAGGCAUCAUACACAGAGACCUAAAGCCAGAAAAUAUUCUGCUUAGCGAGGAGAUGCACAUUCAAAUAACAGACUUUGGCACGGCCAAGCAACUGUCGUCCGAGAGCAAACAAGCGAGAGCAAACUCAUUUGUUGGUACGGCUCAAUACGUCUCGCCCGAGUUACUAACUGAGAAAUCUGCCUGCAAGAGUUCUGAUCUGUGGGCAUUAGGCUGCAUCAUCUAUCAGCUCGUUGCUGGUCUGCCACCAUUUAGAGCUGGGAAUGAGUAUCUAAUAUUCCAGAAGAUUAUAAAACUGGAAUAUGAGUUUCCUGAGAAAUUUUUCCCUAAAGCAAAGGACCUGGUGGAGCAACUUCUGUCAUUGGAACCGUGUAAGCGGAUUGGCUGUGAGGAGAUGGGCGGAUACGGGCCGCUGAAGUCUCACCCUUUCUUUGAGUCAGUCGGCUGGGAUGAUCUGCAUUUGCAAACCCCACCCAAAUUAACGGCAUAUUUACCUGCCAUGUCCGAGGAUGACGAGGAUUGCUAUGGAAAUUAUGAUGAUCUCCUGAGCCAGUUCAGUUUUAUGCAGGUGGCACAGCCUGGCCCCACCCCUUUAGUUCCCUAUACAGUAGAGCCGAGUCCUCCAACGUAUAGCCCCCCCCUUAGCGUGGAUCAGUUUAUACAUAUUCAUGAGUUGGACAGUAAUAGUAUGGAGCUUGACAUGCAGUAUAGCGAGGAGGAAAAACGCAUCCUGCUGGACAAGCAAAGUGCCGCCAACCCAUGGCACCAGUUUGUGGAAAAUAACCUCAUCCUAAAAAUGGGUCCAGUCGACAAACGCAAAGGUCUGUUUGCACGGAGGAGGCAGUUGCUACUGACAGAGGGUCCUCACUUGUACUACGUGGACCCGGUCAAUAAAGUACUGAAAGGGGAGAUUCCUUGGUCACCUGAGCUCCGACCCGAAGCAAAGAACUUUAAAACUUUCUUCGUUCACACGCCAAACCGGACGUACUAUCUAAUGGACCCAAGCGGCAACGCUGAUAAAUGGUGCAAGAAAAUCCAGGAGGUGUGGAGGACGAUCUAUCACAAACACCAUGGUCUAUAGAACUACAGCUUUUCUCAUUCGGCGACACCACCCACAGCCCUCCAACCAAUCACAGAGCAGGGACACGCCCCGUAGAGACACCUCUCCAGCUAUAUAUUGUCUUUCUGUCUCUUCAUAUAUCAGUCCCUUCUCUCCCUGGCACUUUCGGAUUCAGUUGUUAAGCACCCCGACCGAGGGUGUCUUUGCAAGCAAAAGCAGCAAGGCCAUAGUAGAGCCACAGAAACCUUUAUCACAUAGUCAGAUCACUACGCAAAUCGUUCCUUUGAUUUUAAGCAUCAUCGACUUGUGCAAUCUCCAGAAACGAGUGCACACUUUCUUUUCUUUUUUUUUGCUUGACGCAAACACACACACGCCAACCCCUCACCUGAAAAAGACCUAAAUGCUUCUCUCCAAAGUGUCGCUUUAGUUUGCGUUUAGAAUUAAGGCGGGUCCUUUUACCCCUUAUUGGCUACAGUAACUGGUCUUGCUGAUUCUGAUUGGAGGUUGUGUUGUCGAAUGUUGUUGAGGUGUUCCUCAGCACGUCCCGAAUAAAUCUAAAAACGCAAGACAGCCACGUGAAAGCCGCAUUGGUAACGUGGGUUAAGGGGGUUGUAUAUCACCCCUGCCCGGGCCCUGAACUAAAAGCACGACUGAGUUUCCUGUUUAGCUGUUUUCCUUUCAAGUGCUUGCAAUGUGACGGUAUGCAUUGCUGUUUGGGGGCUCGUGACGGAGGGGCAAUCUGAUUGUGUGCGUGUGUGUGUUUGGCUCCUCUCAUUUGGCCGUUUUUAACAGGAAGUUUGUAAGACCGCGAUUUGAUUGAUUGAUCGAGCGAGCGAAUGAGUGCGUGUGUGUCUUCCUGAUCGGUAACAAAUGACUGUGAUGUACAGUUGAUGUAAUAUUGAAAAUGGGAGGCGACUUAUGAGGUGACUCUAGGAUCCAGGUUUUGUAUUUUUAUUCUUGUAUAAGGUUAUUGGGCCGUUCCGUUCUGGCCUGGCUUCUCUGUGUUAUUUAAAUUCUAAUAUAUGAAAGCAUAUUUGGAUUGAAGUCAUGUUCCAGGGCCUUGCUGUGUAUGUAAUGAAUAUGUAAAGCCUUUGAAUGUGAAGAAUUAUUGUAAACUAUGAUAUUUUACUGCUUUUGUUUUCUUACUAUAUCAUAUACAUUUUCUAUUUGCGCAGUGAUUGGCUCAUUUCUGAUAAUUUAAUGCCUGCGUGCGCACGGCCCCGCUCGUCUGUGUGUGUGCGAAUGCGUGUGUCUAUGAGUGUGAUAAAGUGUGCGUGCGCGUGUGGGGCCUUUGUGCAUUUAGGCAAUGUGUGUAUUCUUCUUGUCGAACUUUUGCGCUCGGCAAAACCUAGAACUGAAAUAAAGCAUGUAGAGUUUUAGGUCAACAAA